AUGGAUUUACCAUCCAUCAAUCUAAUCACAGCAGCACCACUCAAUGAUGUGGUACGUGAAUUACCUGUAUUGUCUUUGGCUAAUCAUGGAAUGGAACGCAUUGUUGAUAGUAGCACAGCUGAAUACACAUCCAUGUUACUUAACUGCCGUGACGGUGCAUUAGCACAACAACUUGCGCAUAAACUUUCGAUUGUUGCCAAUACGACUACAUCGAUCACACUUCGUCAACCGCCAGAUCCCGCAGCAACACCUCUGCAUGGAUUACCUCCACUGUUGCAAACCACUGCACAAUACAAUCCAAAUAUUUUCAGUGCUUGUCUUCAGCCACCAGCAGCAUUUGCACGUUCUUUCCAAUCACCAACAAAUUCCUAUUCCCACUAUCCCAAUGCACAUUAUCCGCCACAAAUCAGUCCAAACAAUAAUAAUUACAAUCAACCAACAACAGCGUCAGCAUCGCCUUAUUCUUCACGCGGUUUCAUGUCGACCACAACAUCUAUGCCAAUUCAAUCACCUGAUCCUCAAUCAAUGCUUUAUCCUCAGAAUCCAUCCAUCGCGCCACACCGUCCAACUCGACCGACUGCUGUAGUACCGCCUUUGCCAAAAGAUCCUGUUAUAUCCUCACCCAUGGGUUCGAUCCCGAGCACGUCAGCUCCGAUGACACCAUCCCCAUCGUUAUUGAACUAUCAACAAGUUUCGCCGCAAAAACCACCAAACUAUCAAAAACAUUCUGAUACAUCACAAUCACAUGAAAUCACGAACAAAAGUUUACAACCAGUAACGAAUAUCAAUGACGCGAUGACUAAGAAAUCAACUCCAGUUCUACAACCAGCUCCAUCACAUCAGCAAGUGGAAAAGAUACGAAUCAAUCUUCAAAAAUUGCAACCAGAUGAACUGGCUUCCAUUCGAAACUCUUCACCUUCGAAACAACGUUCUAUGAAACCAAAUAUCUCGCAACAGUUAGAUCAUUUACCAUCAGACUUUACUCCCGAUCUAAUCAAAGAACUACUUCAAGAUGGUUAUUCUCUUGAUAGCAAUGCAGGUGAACGUUUACUACGUCAACGUCGUGCAGCCAUCAGCAAUGCAGCGUCCCUGAACAAUUCGCCGAAGAAAAAACGGAUUCGGAGUUUAUCAACUGAAGACAAUGAAGACGAUAAUGAUAACAAUGACGAUGAGGACGCCAACGAUCUCGAUAACGAUGAAGAACAACAACCAUUGAAAAAACGUAUCCGUCGAGCCAACGAUAAUCCACUUGCUAAUAAUUCCACGAUCGAUGUUAUGAGUGCAUUGAAUAAGAAAACUCGAGAUCGUUUAGCACGCAAAGCUUUAGACAUCGAUGCUGAUCCGCAAGAAAAUACCUCCUAUCAGCGUUUCAUUCAAUUGUUAGACAUAUUCAAUGAUGAUUAUGAUCGUCAUCACGAACAAUUAGAACAAACACCUGAUGAUCACUAUCUAGAUUUAUUAUUGUCCGAUCAUACAUUGGAUGAAAUGGCUAUUCUAUCGGAAAAAUUGAAAUUAUCAACGUAUAUGUCGCGUAUAGAUCGUAUGAAAUUAAAGCGUCUGUUGGAAAUUUUAUCUUUACGAAUUAAACAAGGCGUUGAAAUGAGUCCGAAUCUUAAGCAUGAUAUUAAUGAUGAACAAACGGACGAAGAAGAAGAACGAAUGUGGAGAGAUCUAGUAUUCGAACGGUUAACCAUGUGUGCCAACGCUUGUGAAAUCAGUUUAAAUAUAAUGACAACAGAUAAUAUGCCAAAAGAAAUUCUCAUUGAACAUGUCAUUGAACACACAUCUUUAUUUAUCAAAGCGCAAUUGGCUAAGACAAUUUUUCCUGAAUAUGAUCCAUUGUAUCGCAAUGAUAAUCAUUCGAAAGAUCCAUCAUUGACGAAACAAAAACGUUCGAAAGUAACCGGAACGAAAUGCAAACAAGUGCAAAUCCUUUAUAAUAAGAUAGUAUCGCUCUUCCAGGGAAUUACAGAUUUAAUGCCACUAGGCAAAUAUCCAGAUACGAUUAUUCUCGCUAUUUCCUCAUUUACUGUCAGUUGUAUUUAUGUUGAAAAUAUCGUCGAUCUUCAAGCACAUUCAUUACGCAUUCUCACUGAAUUGUUUUCUCGUUAUGAACAUCAUCGCGAUUCUAUACUUGAAGAUCUUCUACUCUCAGUUGCUCGUUUGCCCACAAGUAAAAAGAGUCUUCGUUGUUAUCGUUUACCGUCCGGUGAAUCAAUCCAAAUGUUCACCGCAUUAAUCAUGCAUUUAGUUCAUGCACCUGUUACAUUAGCAUCCACGAUGAAUGUUAGCAUAACAGAUUCCACGAAUGAAAUUCAUCUGUUGAACACUUACUCAACCGCACAGAAUUUAGCAUUUAAAUUUUUAACUUUAUUUUUCCGAUCAUGUGGAACGAAACAAGGCGAAGAUGAUUACCGAAUUGUAUUUGAAAAUUUCCUAGCUGAUUUACUUGUCACUGCUAAUCGACCUGAAUGGCCUGCAUCGGAAAUUCUUCUAACGUUAUUAUCUCGAAUCUUAAUGACGAACUUUUCCAACCAUUCGCUGCCAAUUAACACACGCUUGCAAUCAUUAGAUUAUCUAGGUUCAGUGGCCGCACAAUUGCGCAAAGACACAAUCGAUAACGACGUGUUGAACUCGAAAGAAAACCAAGAAAAACUCGAUGCUAUUGUUUAUAAAACUUUAACAAGCAUUGAGUUAGACGAAGAUAUGAUGGAAGUUUAUAAAACGGAUCCAUUACGUUAUCAUCGCAGUUUAGUUAUUUAUCUCAAUGAACUGAGUUUAAGUGAUCAAACGAGUCAUUAUGCGAAAAUGUUUCAUGUUGGUCAAUGGUUACGCGAUUUGAAUCUAACAGUAGAACGAUUAACUCAAACAUUAACACGACGAAUGAAGCCUGGACAAGCUGAAUUAGUCAAUGAAGAUGAUGUUGAUGAAUCAAUGAAUACAAAUUCGAAAGCUUCGAUUUCAGUCGAAGAUGAAAUUGAUUUGAAAAAGAACGAGAAAGUGACCAUUUUAAAAAUGUUAGCAUUACCGGAAACAGCUCGAAAGCAACAACGAUAUUCACUCGACAUUGAAUACGAUGAUAUUUGUCUACUAAUGCGUUAUUUAACAUCCAAUCGACCAUUUUUGAAAACCUUCGAUGUCUAUUUGAAACAAUUAGCUGCCAUAUUUCAAUCUGAAGCUGGUACAAACAUACGCAGCAAAGCAAUGAAAUGUCUAUGUACAGUGGUCGAAGCUGAUCCAUCUGUUCUUUCACGCAACGAUAUCAAAUCAUGUGUGAAAGUUGGUCUAACAGAUAAAAGCAUUAGUGUACGUGAAGCAGCCAUUGAUCUUAUUGGACGAUAUAUUGUACAAAAACAAGAAUUAAUUCUGCAAUAUUAUGAUGUUCUCUGUGAACGAAGUAUCGAUACGGGUGUCAGUGUGCGAAAGCGUGUCGUGAAAAUCUUUCGCGAUGUUUGUUUGACUCAACCGAAUUUCAUUCGAAUACCGGAUAUAUGUUCGCGUUUGUUACGACGUAUUCAUGACGAAGAAUCCAUACGUAAAUUGGUUCUUGAAACUUUUCAACAAUUAUGGUUUUCUCCCACACGCACUCAACUGGAUGUUAAACAACGUGUUCAAACGAUCAUUGAUGUAUUAGUUGAUGCACAGAAGCAGAAUUAUACCUGGUUGGAAAAUUUAGUGAAAGAAUUUCUUCAAACAAAUGAUAAACAAUCAAGUGACGAUAAGAAGAAAGUGCGAGAACAACGCAAAGAUGUCCUAAAAGCUAUUCAAGAUAUUAUCAAUGAAUUAGUUGAAUCGAUUUUGAAAGUCGAAUCAGCCAAUGAUCAAAACUCAUCGAAUAAAAUGGUUGCCAUAUUCAUCGCUUUGUAUGCCCUAGGCAAAGCUAAACCCGAUCAUGUUCUUCCACAUGUUUCAACUAUCGUUGAAUAUUUGAAUAUCAAAUGUACAUCAUAUAAUGAUAAUAUUAUUGUACAAUAUGUUGCAAAAAUUCUUGAAUUUACCGUUCCGUUGAUGAAAUCGGCGUCAUCAAGUAUUAUUUAUUCGUUGGAAGGUAGUUUAACCAAACUCCUUCUAGUUAGUGGUCAAUUAGUUAUUCAUUCAAGCAUUGCUUGUCUCUCCGCAGUUAUACGCUUGUCAAAAAAUACUCAACUUGUCAGAGAUGUUUUCGUUCGAUAUCAUUCUAUUGUUAUCCAAUGUCAGCAAAAGAUUCUGGAAAAACCUGAUGAAGAAUUCAAGGGAAGUGCACAACUGGCUCGAUCAAUUUACAUCCUAGGUGUUCUAUGUAAAUAUUUCGAUGUAGAAAAAAGCGAAUUUGAUGAUCUCGAGUUUUCUGUUGACGACCUUUUUCAGUUAUUUAUAUUUUUUAUUCAACGACGUGAGUCUGUAGUCAAACUGAAAUCUCUCGUCGGUCUUGGAUUCUUUUUGCAACGUUAUGGACAAUACCUCGUGCGCGACACAGUUCGUCAACUAUACCACAAUUAUCUGUUAGAUCGUCGACCUACAGCUGCUCAGUUACGUUGUCAAGUACUCAUCAAUCUCGAAGAAUAUUUCCGCGAUUGUAUACGUCGUAUGGCUGAACAAGACAUUGACUAUCUCCAUUUGACACAGACAGCAAAUCCAACACCAAAUGAAGAUGAAAAUAGCAAUGAUGGUACUGGUCCAACAGGUGUCAAUCUCAAAGAUACAACGGAUGUUCAUUCGGAGAUGGCUAGUUCAAUUGCUCAAUGUUACUUACGUGUUGUCUUAGAUACUUAUUUAAGUGAAGAUGAAACAAUUCGUCAAUGUGUUCGAAAGGUCGUGACAUGCAUAUUGGAACAAGGCCUCGUACAUCCUGUUCAGUUUAUUCCAUAUCUCAUCGCCAUGACUACGGACCGCGAUACAAACAUUCAACAGAGCGCUGAACAAAAUCUACAAGAUUUGGAUAAGACAAAUCCAGGCAUCAUCCAAACAAAAGUCAUGCAUGGAUUGAAAAUGAGUUACCAGUUACAAAAAUUACUGGCUGUGACUAGUCAAAAUAAGACCAAUACUCAACAAACUCAUGUGCCAAAUGAGAUUAUUAGAGGCAUGACCAAAGUAGCAGUAACUCCAUCGAAUAGUCAACAAUCACCUUAUUGUUCAGUCAAUCAUUUUCUUUAUUCACUAAUUCGUUCUUCACGAGUUUAUCGUCGCGCUUUGAUAUCUCAAUUGCUGAAAAUGUUCGAUAACGAUACAACGACGACAACAUCGACGACGCUCGGAGAACAACUAUUUGUUGCUGAUAAUCUAGCUUACUUUCCCUAUCAAGUUCAAGAUGAACCAUUGUAUCUGAUCGAACAGAUUGAUCUUACUGUCAGCGUUAGUGGCUCGACACAAUUACAACAAUUUCGUGAUUUACUGAAGCAAUACUUAGAUUACACGGAUGACGAUGAAGGCAUUGAUCUAAGUCGAUUAGAAGAAAAAUUUCUUCAGUUAUCCGAUGCCGUCGUCGACGAACUAAAUCAAUGUUUACGUACAUCAAAAUCAACAAUGUUACUAUUGAUAUUAAAAUCUUAUCUCAAAGAUGUUUAUGGUUUGAAUGACACAAAAAUCACUGAGUAUGAUCACACCGAAUCGAGUAAAAUAACCGAUCGGCCAAUAAUGUCGAGAAAGAUGAAUGUUAAAUUCGAACCGAAGCUCAUACUUGAUACAAUAAAACCUAUCGAUACGGGUGUCAGUGUGCGAAAGCGUGUCGUGAAAAUCUUUCGCGAUGUUUGUUUGACUCAACCGAAUUUCAUUCGAAUACCGGAUAUAUGUUCGCGUUUGUUACGACGUAUUCAUGACGAAGAAUCCAUACGUAAAUUGGUUCUUGAGACCUUUCAACAGUUAUGGUUUUCUCCCACACGCACGCAACUGGAUGUUAAACACCGUGUUCAAACGAUCAUUGAUGUGCUAGUUGAUGCACAGAAGCAGAAUUAUACUUGGUUGGAAAAUUUAGUGAAAGAAUUUCUUCAAACAAAUGAUAAACAAUCCAGUGACGAUAAGAAGAAAGUUCGUGAACAGCGCAAAGAUGUCCUAAAAGCUAUUCAAGAUAUUAUCAAUGAAUUAGUUGAAUCGAUUCUGAAAGUCGAAUCAGCCAAUGAUCAAAACUCAUCGAAUAAAAUGGUUGCCAUAUUCAUCGCUUUGUAUGCCCUAGGCAAAGCUAAACCCGAUCAUGUUCUUCCACAUGUUUCAACUAUCGUUGAAUAUUUAAAUAUCAAAUGUACAUCAUAUAAUGAUAAUAUUAUUGUACAAUAUGUUGCAAAAAUUCUUGAAUUUACCGUUCCGUUGAUGAAAUCGGCGUCAUCAAGUAUUAUUUAUUCGUUGGAAGGUAGUUUAACCAAACUCCUUCUAGUUAGUGGUCAAUUAGUUAUUCAUUCAAGCAUUGCUUGUCUCUCGGCGGUUAUACGCUUGUCAAAAAAUACUCAACUUGUCAGAGAUGUUUUCGUUCGAUAUCAUUCUAUUGUUAUUCAAUGUCAGCAAAAGAUCCUGGAAAAACCUGAUGAAGAAUUCAAGGGAAGUGCACAGCUGGCUCGAUCAAUUUACAUCCUAGGUGUUCUAUGUAAAUAUUUCGAUGUAGAAAAAAGUGAAUUUGAUGAUCUCGAGUUUUCUGUCGACGAUCUUUUUCAGUUAUUUAUAUUUUUUAUUCAACGACGUGAGUCCGUAGUCAAACUGAAAUCUCUCGUCGGUCUUGGAUUCUUUUUGCAACGUUAUGGACAAUACCUCGUGCGCGACACAGUUCGUCAACUAUAUCACAAUUAUCUGUUAGAUCGUCGACCUACUGCUGCUCAGUUACGCUGUCAAGUGCUCAUCAAUCUCGAAGAAUAUUUCCGCGAUUGUAUACGUCGUAUGGCUGAACAAGAUAUCGACUAUCUCCAUUUGACACAGACAGCAAAUCCAACAACAAAUGAAGAUGAAAAUAGCAAUGAUGGCACUGGUCCAACAGGUGUCAAUCUCAAAGAUACAACGGAUGUUCAUUCAGAGAUGGCUAGUUCAAUUGCUCAAUGUUACUUACGCGUUGUGUUAGAUACUUAUUUAAGUGAAGAUGAAACGAUUCGUCAAUGUGUUCGAAAGGUCGUGACGUGCAUAUUGGAACAAGGCCUCGUACAUCCUGUUCAGUUUAUUCCAUAUCUGAUCGCCAUGACCACGGACCGCGAUAUAAACAUUCAACAGAGCGCCGAACAAAAUCUACAAGAUUUGGAUAAGACAAAUCCAGGCAUCAUCCAAACAAAAGUCAUGCAUGGAUUGAAAAUGAGUUACCAGUUACAAAAAUUACUGGCUGUGACUAGUCAAAACAAGACCAAUACUCAACAAACUCAUGUGCCAAAUGAAAUUAUUAGAGGCAUGACCAAAGUAGCAGUAACCCCAACGAAUAGUCAACAAUCACCUUAUUGUUCAGUCAAUCAUUUUCUUUAUUCGCUUAUUCGCUCUUCGCGUGUUUAUCGUCGCGCUUUGAUAUCUCAAUUGCUGAAAAUGUUCGAUAACGAUACAACGACGACGACAUCGACGACGCUUGGAGAACAACUAUUUGUUGCUGAUAACCUAGCUUACUUUCCCUAUCAAGUUCAAGAUGAACCAUUGUAUCUGAUCGAACAGAUUGAUCUUACCGUCAGCGUUAGUGGCUCGACACAAUUACAACAAUUUCGUGAUUUACUGAAACAAUAUUUAGAUUACACGGAUGACGAUGAAGGCAUUGAUCUGAGUCGAUUAGAAGAAAAAUUUCUUCAGUUAUCCGAUGCCGUCGUCGACGAGCUAAAUCAAUGUUUACGUACAUCAAAAUCAACAAUGUUACUAUUGAUAUUAAAAUCUUACCUCAAAGAUGUUUAUGGUUUGAAUGACACAAAAAUCACUGAGUAUGAUCACACCGAAUCGAGUAAAAUAACCGAUCGGCCAAUAAUGUCGAGAAAGAUGAAUGUUAAAUUCGAACCGAAGCUCAUACUUGAUACAAUAAAACCGUCAGCACACAUGGAUGGUCAUCAAAGACGAAAACAAAUUCUAAGAGAUUUUCAAGAUUUUAAACGUUAUCUUCUUGCAUUUGACAACGAUGCCGAGGAGAAUGUUAAAUCUAUAUCCGAGUUGUUACCUUCUGCAAGCAUGUCAACAACAGGAGGAACACCAAGUUUAACUGGAAAAAGCAAGAAAAAAUCAGGAGGAACAACAAAACGACGGAAAGUUCUGAUCGAAUCAGACGAUGACAGUGCCGAUGGCGAUUUUCAGCCAUAA